UAUUGUUCAUUAUUUUUAUUAACGUUGAUGCUUGUUGGUGGUUUAGGUGUCUCUAUUCUGGUAUUGAAGUUUGGUGGUAGUUUUAGUGCUUAGUCAGUUUUGAUUUUCCCUUGGUUGUUAUUUGCUGUGAUGGGGGAGUUUUAGCCCGAACUGUAGCUUUCUUCUUUUGCAUCCUUGCUUCCAAUUUUAAAAAAUUAACUGCUUCAAAUUUGUAUAUAGGUUAAACAUGGCUGCAUCAAAUAACAGUAGCUCUCAGUAUAAUGAUGAUGAUGAUGACAACGAAAUUGAUCCUGAUUAUGCUGCUUUUCUGGCUGAAAACGGUGUUGAUUUCUAUGAAAAUUAUGAUUUGCAAAACGGAAAUUAUGAAGGAAGUGAAGAAGAAGUUGAAAUUAUAGAUCCAACUAUGUCUGAUGGAAUGAGUGCAAUCACUAUCAAUAACAUACCUCCAUGCAGCGAUAAUGUCUAUUAUGAGACCUUCACUACAUUGGUCAGUGGUCGUCAAGUCCCUAAAUCACAUGUAUUUGAAUUCAGCGUUGGUCACCUAAACUUCAGUACCCCAACUCAGAUUACCUUACCGACUGCAUUAAAUGAUUAUGUUCGGCGAUUCAAUUUUCAUAAGCUCAUUCUAGGAGUACCAGACCAAUCCAGUUCAGAAGUUCACUUAAAAUAUCCGUGUACACAUUUGAAAAAUGUCAAGAUUGUAAAAGGAUGGAAAAAAUUUUGUUCGGACAACAAUAUUGAAUUCGAAGAUAGGGUGCGCUUUGAAUUCAAAGAGUUUGGUACAAAUGUUUGUGAAGUUACCAAGCUUAUGUAAUAUGCAUUUGAUGUAAUCAUCCGUUUCUAAUUUAACAACUCUGUAUUGU